UUUUAAUAUUCUCUCAGUUACUGCUUAAUUCACAUUACUAAAGUGAAGUAAACGUUGGCGUAUUCUUUUAUUUUGUUAUUGUGACAAAACAUUCAUUCUUUUUUUGACACAUUAUACGAAAUGGUCGUUUAUACAGAAAAAGAAUAUUUGCAAAUGAUUCAAUGCCAUGCAUUAUCAGGAGGUAACUGUCAUAGAGCUGCUCAACUAUAUAGAGAAAAGUACCCAGACAAUCAGCGAUUUCCCGGGCACCAAGUUAUUACACGGACGAUGAUUCGAAUUAACGAAGGAGGACCAAUCAAACCUGAUAAUAAAAAUAUAUCAGGGAGACCAAGGUCGAGGAGAACAGCUGAGGUUGAAGAAAAAAUUCUAGAAUAUGUUCGCGAACAUCCUCGAACCGGACUACGAGCAGUUGCGAAAAAAUAUGGUGUUUCUUAUUCCAUGGCGCAGGCGACAGUAAAGGAAGCAAAGUUGCAUGACUACAGCUUUAGAAGAGUUCACACCCUAAGCCACCGGUUUGAUCGUAAAAGGCGUUUAAAAUUUUGCAAGUGGCUUGUAAAAAGACACGAGCGUGACCCCACUUUUAUAAAUAACAUUCUUUUCACCGAUGAGUGUCGUUUUGCUAGAGAAGGUCCAUUCAACUACAGAAAUGAACACUACUGGAGUGACAGAAAUUUGUUUCUGGAGAUGCCACACUCUCAUCAAGAAAAAUUCUCUGUGCAUCUGUGGGCUGGGAUUCUAGAUGGCCAAUUGAUCGGUCCUUUCCAAAUUAAUGGAUACAUGAAUGGAAAACGAUACAGUGACUUCUUAAAGAACUACGUUCCUAGGUUAGUUAGAGCUAGUGGAAUCGCAGCAGGUAGGAAGUAUAGAUUUAUGCAAGAUGGAGCGGGUAUUCACCGAAGUAAAGUGGCGUUGAAGACUCUUCGAUCAUUAUACGGAAAACGUAUUAUUGCGCUCGGUACAAAAAGAGAAUGGCCCCCAAGAUCGCCGGAUUUAACUCCAUGCGAUUUUUUUCUUUGGGGGCAUGUUAAAGCUCACGUUUAUUCAAAACCUGUUGAAAACCAAGAACAGAUACGGGAGAGAAUAAAAGAAGCUUUUUUAACAGUCACUCCUGAAAUGUUAAAAAGAUGCAGCUUGAACUUGAUCAGGAGAGCAAAAUGUUGUAUAGAAGCAAAAGGACGCACAUUUGAAAGUUUACUUCCAAGGCAUGUCAGAUACAACUUGUCAGAUAAUUGAAAACAAAUCUUUAAUUAAUAUCCUUCUAGAAUCCAAGCCCAUAGAUGCACAGAGAAUUUUUCUUUAUGAGAGUGUAGAAUCUUCAGAAACAAAUUUCUAUCACUUAGUGGCUUAAAGUGUGAACUCAUGCAACCUGACAAUAAAAUAUUCUCUUCUUUCUUACUCUAACACACACAUGUACAUACGUACACUUGAAAAUUAGAAGAAAAUGGAAAGCUUCUCUUCUUGUGGUUUUUUUGAUUCUCCAUCAUCUUAUUUACUUUCUUCUUCUCAUUAUAUUUCUUCACGAACUUACAC